GUAAGAACAAAGCAGCACUUAUUCUCCAAUGCAUUCUUUUUAUAUGAACGUGAAAGCUUAUGACGAUUUUAUUUCUGUCUGUUACUGUGAUGGUGUCCUCCGUAAGUAGUCGAUCUCAACGAUAUGUCAGGCAUAAAGGGAGACUCCAAAUACAACCAUUUAUUACCACUUUCGCCAGCAGUGGGCGCAGAGACUUGGCUUGCGCCUGAGAGCUGGGGAGUCCAGCCGCCCACGAUCCCCGUAGCAGGAAUUCCGCGCUCGCUUUCCUUGGCAUCAGAGGAUCCCACAAUGGAAGAUCUGGAUGAGAGCGACUAUGAGAAUUGGGAUUAUGGCAAGAAAAAGCUGUCAGUUAUCAGAAUUUUCAGACCUGAUACGACCUACACAACAGUAAACUGCGUCUUCAACAUCACCGCAAGUGAACUGAGCACCAUAUUGGGCAAGAAGAUCUUCAAGCCGGACACGUCAAAAUACCACCUUUACAUACAACGGAACAAAAUCAUUCGUCCUUUGAGUUCUCAUGAAAGACCCCUCAAUAUUCUUCGGAAACUGUUGCUGCAAUUUGGCUACACGGAUCAGGAUAAGCUGGAGGAAUUGUCCGGCAAGGAUAACAGCUUCAUUUGUCGGUUCACUUUUGCAGAGAACGGCGCACCACUGACCACUGAGGCGGACUUUCCUGACAGCACCAACUACGCAGAUGUGAACUUGGAGCGGAAAUGCUUGCCGACGAUCCCCAUCUUUUUGUACUCGAGAGCAAAGGACAUCGUACGACUGAACAUCUCUCACAACCAAAGGAUGGAUUUACCACUAGAUUUCGUCCAAAACUGUAGUGUCCUACGCGAGCUCCGCAUGGCGUACAACGAUUUGGACAGAGUCCCAAGCAAUGUUCGAUCGAUCACCUAUCUUCAGGUACUGGAUCUUCGGGGAAACAGGAUUAAGACUUUGGAAAAGGCACGGUUGGAGGAGGCGCGACAGCUCGUGACCAUCUUUUUGCAAAACAAUCGCCUGGACUCGAUACCAGCCUAUUUUCAAUCGUUCGAAUACCUUCGAAUCCUGAGUCUCUCUAGCAAUAAUUUCUCAGCAGUGCCAGCUGUCCUCUUUCAAAUCUUGACACUGGAGGAGCUCGAUAUGAGUUUCAACAACCUCACAGAAAUACCGGGGGAGAUUGGACGCCUUUCACGGCUCCGGAUUUUGUUGCUCUUUGGAAAUCGGAUUGGGCCGCAGCUGCCAAAGACUCUUUCGGAUCUGACACGGCUCAGGAAACUGGAUAUUCGACAGAACGAGAUCUUGAAUUUGGAUGCAUUGAAUGACCUUCCAUCUCUGCAGGAACUCCUCGUCGACUACAACGCCAACGUCGUUUUCAACAAUUCUUUCAAAGCUCUCGUCAAGGCAUCGUUUCUGAAAUGCAACAUGACGAACGCCAGCAUUCGCGGCACAGGAGACACCUUGACGUUCCUGGACAUGUCUUCCAACAGGCUGUCGAAUCUGGCAUCGACGUUUUUCGAACAUCUGCGAAGCCUUGAAAUUCUCAAGCUGGAUAACAACAGCAUCAGCUCAAUACCCUUAACCAUUGGAUCUCUGAAGCGACUAAAGACACUCUCGAUCUCAAACAACUUGCUCUCGAGUUUGCCCGAGGAGAUUGGUCAGCUGGAAUCUCUAGCGGAACUGGAUCUACAUAGCAACAGCCUCGGCGAGUUGCCUGUUGCGAUCUGGAAAUGUUCGCUCACCAUGCUAAAUGCAUCGUCCAAUCUUUUGGAGACAUUCCCGGACCCUCCAAAAUUCCUCGCUCUCCCAACUAUGAAUGCUGGAGCUCUCUCCGCUUCGUCCUCCACUGUUACUCUAAUAGACAUGGAUAGCGCGUUCGCAUCGUCAUCCUCGACCAUAGCUACCGCGACGCCUUCGACAGUUAUGACAGCAAUGCCUUCACCAUCAUCCUCGCGAUCAAAGCCCUUGCCGGCACCACCUGUGCCACUUGUGAGCACGCCCUCUGGAAGGGCACCUUAUGCGCCGCCGCUAGCGUCUUCUUUGAUCACUCUUUGCCUUGGUGACAAUCGACUUCCGGACGAAGUACUUUAUCCGCUCUCGCAGUUCAUAAAUCUUCAGAUUCUGAACCUUAGUCACAAUUACAUUGCGGAAAUUCCUCGAGGCAAGAUUCCCAACCCUGGCCAGAUCUUGGAAUUGCAUUUGAGCGGCAACCAGUUGACUAGUUUGCCUGCCGAAGACAUUGAGCGACUUCGAAACCUACGGGUCUUGCAUGUGAACGGCAACAAGCUGACAACACUUCCUGCGGAACUGGGCAAGAUCAACAGACUUGGGGUGCUGGAUGUUGGCUGCAACAUGCUGAAGUAUAACAUUUCCAACUGGCCAUAUGAUUGGAACUGGAACUGGAAUCUGGAACUCAAGUACCUCAACAUGUCUGGCAACAAACGACUGCAGAUCAAGCGCCAGAAUACAGAGAACGUACCGACUGCAGCAUCAAAGCGCGGCAACCUUUCAGAGUUUGGAAAUCUCACCCACCUGCGCAUUCUGGGGCUCAUGGACGUGACCAUAACCGACAACGUUCCGGAAAACUCUGUUGACAGACGUGUCAGAACAUCGAUGUCGACUCUGCACAAUAUGUCCUAUGGCAUGGCAGACACUCUGGGCGAAUCGGACAAUUUAUGCAUCUGGGACCUGGUCCAUCCAAAAUUCCAGACAAAGGAAGACGAGAGUUUGUUCGGACUUUUUGACGGACGAAAUGAUCAGUACCGGUCAAGCUCCAAUAUGAUCAAUCACCUCAAGGAUCGGUUUGGAUCUUGUCUAAAGAUCGAGCUCGAAAAGCUGGGGGAUACCGAUACUACUGCAAGUGCCCUGCGGAGGACAUUUUUGGGUCUCGACCGCGAACUCUGGCAUUUGGGGCAGGACAACGAUGGCAAAGGCGGGGCAUCGGCAUUGGUAGCUUACAUCAAGGGCGUGACGCUCUAUAGUGCCAACGUCGGAGAUGCCAUCGCGAUUUUGGUCAAGAAAUCGGACACGUACCAGGUCAUCUCUGAGAAGCACAUCCCAUGGAACCCCACCGAAGCAUCGAGAAUCAAGAGUUCGGGCGGUUUUGUGGGCGCGACAGGUCUUUUGAAUGAUGAGCUCGACAUUUCACGAUCUUUUGGGCAGUAUCACUUAGUUCCUGUUGUCAACUCAAAUCCGUACAUUGAGACGACGACAUUGUCUGAAGACGAUGACUUCCUUAUCAUGGCGUCAAGUGCUUUCUGGGAUGUGAUGUCGUAUGCAACGGCGGUCGAUAUCGCCAAAGCAGCCAAGAGGGAUUAUGGCGACUUGAUGUAUGCCUCGCAAAAAUUGAGAGACAUUGCGAUCUCGUACGGCGCCAAGGAUCAUAUGGUUGUCAUGCUGAUCGGAGUUGGAGAUCUGUUCCAGAAGAAGGAGCCCUCAGACGUCUAUGAGUAUCAUCAGCAGAACUACAAAAGACCCAAGGCACCUGAAGGACCUAUCAAUACUCUCAAAUACCUGAAACCUGAGAUUGAACCUCCUCAAGGCGAUGUGGCGAUGAUAUUCACAGAUAUCAAAAACUCGACCAAGCUGUGGGAGAGCAUCCCUGGUGCCAUGGCCAUUGCGAUCAAGGAACACUUCAACGUCAUGAGACGACAGCUUCUGUCUAUCGGAGGUUAUGAGGUCAAGAAGGAAGGAGAUGCGUUGAUGGCUUCAUUCUCGAGCGUUCCUGCCGCCAUGCUCUGGUGCUUCAGAGUACAGGAGCUUUUGGUCGAAGCGGAUUGGCCUCAGGAUAUCCUUAAUUCCACCGAGUGCAGAGCUAUCUUUGAUGACUCUGCUCCUGAACAAUGCGUGUACCGUGGUCUCUCUGUUCGGAUGGGUAUCCAUUGGGGUCGGCCUGUCAGUGACAGGGAUGCGGUGACGCGACGAAUGGAUUACUAUGGUCCAAUGGUCAACCGUGCGGCUCGUAUCUGCGACAGUGCCGACGGAGGUGAGAUCUGUGUCAGCAGCGAUGUGAUCAACGUACUGCAGCACUUUCUCAUGGAUCCAGAGAUAGAGUAUUCGCACUCACCGCAAGCGGAACAUGUGCGCGAUCUGAAGAGGAUGGGCUUUGGAGUGAUCGAUCUUGGCGAGAAGAAGCUGAAGGGAUUGGAAACGCCGGAGAACUUGCAUUUGAUCUACUCGCGUGCGUUGGCUGGUCGCCUCGCGAUCAACCCUUCCAAGGCUAUGUCUGGCACUUCUGUUCUGGAAACGCAACUUGUCGAGAGUAAAAUGGAUUUGGACCCAUCAUCUGUUCGAGCCUUGCAGAUGAUAUGUUUGCGUCUGGAGAGACUUGCUUCGGGUACAACAGCGCAACAAGGUCGUGCUACGGAUCAGACUCUUACACUGCUAUCGUUGCCAAUCAAGGACAAUGCGGACCAGGCGGAUCUCUUACGGAUUGCUGAGAACUACAUUACUCGGAUUGAGAACUGCUUCUCGCAGCUGUAUAUGGCCAAGGCGGGGUACUUUGUGGAUGUGUUCGAGUCGUUAGGAAGGGCUGUUGAUACGGACCCGUCGUACAUUCUGCGUGCUCUACAGAUGUAUGUCGGCAUUAUGGGCGGGCUGGACUCGCCCAACCUUUUGUAGAAAUAAUAAUAAUCGGCGUUCAUCAUGUUUUGUAACGUCUUUUAUUCUUCAUCUAGUGAGCUCAUUACUGUUACUUAUGUCCCCUCUGCCUCAUCUUUAAUAAUAAUACUAUUUUUUUUUUUCUGUCAAGA